ACCGUAGUAUCAAAGCAAAUCAGAUGACUUUCCCGAAUCGUGAUAGUAAAUGACUUUCAUCGUUUUACUCUUUAGAUAGCGUUUAAUUCAAUAGCCUCGUAUGAAAUAGUGCAUUAGCAUAUCAAAAGCAUAGGACGAACAUUUGGCCGAUAGAAUGACGCAAUCAACUGCAGCCAACGGGAAGGCGGCAGCCCCCGAGAAGGACGGUGGUAAAAGCAACCUUAAUCUUACCGCCGAUGAGCUUAAGGAGGAAGGUAACAAGUGCGUCAAGGCUGGCAAUUAUACCGAGGCCAUCCUUCACUACACCCAUGCUAUCAAGCUGAGUCCCUCGGAUGCUAUACUGUACAGCAACCGUUCGCUGGCAUUCUGUAAGAUGCAACAGUACUACUACGCCAACGUGGACGCCGACAAAGCGAUAGCUCUGAAUCCUUCGUGGGCUAAAGCAUAUUUCAGAAAGGCCGAAGUGAGCAUGGGUGUAGGACAGUACGACACGGCGUUACUGUCGUACGGAAAGGCUUUGCAACUGCAACCACAAGACAUGGGAAUUAUACAGGCAGCCCGAAAAGCUGCUGCUCUAAGCAAUGCGGACCGGCGGGACGAGAAACGGUCACCUUUGAUCGGGACCGGUAUCGGGUGCUUGGUUGGAUUGUGCAUCGUACUGGCCGACAUGCUGUUGACAGAAAAGCCAACUAUCAAAUAUACAUCCUUGAUGGCAUUCGUCGUACUUGUGAUCGGCGGGAUAGGUUUCGGUGUUGCAAAGCUUAUUCGAUACUACAAAAAAUUGCAACGAAAGGGUUUACUUGACCCACCAAUCGAUCUGCUGGAAGAUUUUCAAAAGCCCAAAGAAGAAGAAGAAGGAUUUCAACCCGGGGACCAACGGCCCCAGCGAAAUCGAUAUACAAAAGCUCAAGCAAGGCAACGACUGAAAAAAGCUAAAACGUAAUAUAUUCCUUUGCCGAGCAGCUACUGCACACCAACUCGAACACGAAGCGUCUGGUAAAUAUUUUUUCCCAUUUCGUGGGUGAAAUGGCGUGUUCCAGUUACCUAGUCGUGAAAAUUGAAGUGCAAUGAAACAUAGAACCAAAGUCGUGCUUGCAAUAUAGAAGCGACUGACGAAAAAUAUUCCAAUCUACUUUACGGUUUGAUUUACUCUGUCACAUCUUCAUUUGUAGUAGAUAGCACCAUCGUCAAUGCAUUUGCAUCAAAUAAAAUAUGAAAAUGUGCACUGUUUAAAACUAGUUACC